GCUUCCUGAGCGCAGAAGCGCCCCUCGCCGUGCCUCUCAGCCGCCAUCCCCCUGCCGCCAUUCCCGGCCGCCGCGUUACCCAAGCCAGGAUCGCCCCAUGGUCGCCCCAUGCGGAGGGCAAAGUCGCGCCGCGGACCUUGCGAGCCAGUGUUGAGAGCUCCUCCCCCCAUCUGCUACAGCCCCGGCAGUCCUGCGCAGAUUCUAGAAGACCCCGCCUACUUCUACCCAGACUUGCAGCUCUAUUCUGGGAGGCAUGAAGCACCUACUUUGACAGUGGAGGCAAACGGAGGCCUGAGGGGGAAAAGCGUAGAGGACCCUCUCUCCAGCUUCCACUCCCCGAACUUCUUGAGGACGCCGGAGGUGGAAAUGAGAGGUUCUGAGGAUGUAGCUUCUGGAAGAGUGUUACAGCGGCUGAUCCAGGAACAACUGCGCUAUGGAACCCCAACCGAGAACAUGAACCUACUGGCCAUUCAGCACCAGGCCACAGGGAGUGCAGGGCCAGCCCACAGCACCAACAACUUUUCUUCCACGGAAACCCUCACUCAAGAAGACCCACAAAUGGUCUAUCAGUCGGCCCGCCAAGAACCGCAGGGUCAAGAACAUCAGGGAGACAAUACGGUGAUGGAGAAGCAGGUCCGGUCCACACAGCCUCAACAGAACAACGAGGAGCUGCCCACGUACGAGGAGGCCAAGGCCCAGUCCCAGUUCUUCAGGGGACAGCAGCAGCAGCAGCAACAGCAGCAGCAACAACAACAACAGCAGGGACAGGGGCCCCUCGGCCACACUUACUACAUGGCCGGAGGUACCAGUCAGAAGUCCCGCACCGAGGGAAGGCCCACUGUGAACCGGGCCAACAGCGGACAAGCACAUAAGGAUGAGGCCCUAAAAGAACUAAAGCAGGGCCAUGUCCGGUCCCUCAGUGAGAGGAUCAUGCAGCUGUCGCUGGAGAGGAAUGGGACUAAGCAACACCUCCCCAGCUCGGGAAAUGGAAAGAGCUUCAAAGCUGGAGGAGAGCCAUCUCCUGCCCAGCCCGUCUGUAAAGCACUGGACCCUCGUGGCCCUCCACCUGAAUACCCCUUCAAGACCAAGCCAAUGAAAUCCCCAGUCAGCAAGAACCAAGAUCACGGUCUUUACUACAGUGACCAGCACCCCGGGGUACUCCACGAGAUGGUCAAACCUUACCUAGCACCUCAGCCUGCGAGAACAGAAGUGGCCGUCCUGAGGUACCAGCCACCCCCAGAGUACGGCGUCACCAGCCGCCCCUGCCAGCUGCCUUUUCCCUCCACGGUGCAGCAGCAUAGCCCCAUGUCCUCUCAGACUUCCUCCAUCAGUGGUCCUCUGCACUCCGUCUCCCUGCCUCUUCCACUUCCCAUGAGCCUGGCGGCUCCACAGCCCCCACCGGCCUCCCCCAGCCAGCAACUCGGACCAGAUGCCUUCGCGAUUGUGGAGAGAGCCCAACAAAUGGUAGAGAUCCUCACAGAGGAGAACCGUGUGCUUCACCAGGAGCUUCAGGGCUGCUAUGACAACGCCGACAAGCUCCACAAGUUUGAAAAAGAGCUACAGAGUAUCUCGGAGGCCUAUGAGAGCCUGGUCAAGUCCACCACCAAGCGUGAGUCCCUGGACAAGGCAAUGAGAAACAAGCUCGAAGGCGAGAUAAGGAGGCUUCAUGACUUCAACAGAGAUCUCCGAGAUCGACUGGAGACAGCCAACAGGCAGCUGUCCAGCAGGGAAUAUGAAGGGCACGAAGACAAAGCUGCAGAAAGCCAUCACAUGUCCCAGAAUAAAGAAUUCUUGAAGGAGAAGGAGAAGUUGGAAAUGGAGCUGGCAGCAGUGCGGACGGCGAGCGAGGACCAUCGGAGGCAUAUUGAGAUCCUGGACCAAGCUUUGAGCAAUGCCCAGGCCAGAGUGAUCAAGCUGGAGGAAGAGUUACGAGAGAAGCAAGCCUAUGUGGAGAAGGUGGAGAAGCUGCAGCAGGCCCUGACCCAGCUGCAGUCUGCGUGUGAGAAGCGAGGGCAGAUGGAGCGCAGGUUGCGGACCUGGCUGGAGAGGGAGCUGGAUGCUCUGAGGACACAGCAGAAACACGGGAAUGGCCAGCCCGUCAAUCUCCCGGAAUAUAAUGCUCCCGCCCUCAUGGAGCUUGUGCGGGAGAAGGAGGAGCGGAUUCUAGCCCUGGAGGCCGACAUGACCAAGUGGGAGCAGAAGUACCUGGAAGAGAGCACCAUCCGACACUUUGCCAUGAGCGCCGCCGCCGCUGCCACGGCUGAGAGGGACACUACCAUCAGCAACCACUCAAGGAAUGGCAGCUACGGGGAGAGCUCCCUGGAGGCCCACAUCUGGCCAGAGGAAGAGGAGGUGGUGCAGGCCAACAGGAGGUGCCAGGACAUGGAGUACACUAUUAAAAACCUCCAUGCCAAAAUCAUAGAGAAGGAUGCCAUGAUAAAAGUCCUGCAGCAGCGAUCCCGUAAGGAUGCUGGGAAGACUGACUCUUCCAGCCUGCGGCCUGCCCGCUCUGUCCCAUCCAUUGCUGCGGCCACCGGGACACAUUCUCGUCAGACUUCACUGACCAGCGGCCAGCUGGCAGAAGACAAGAAGGAAGAGAAGACCUGGAAGGGGAGUAUAGGAUUCCUGCUGGGGAAGGAGCACCAGGGACAGGCUUCUGCCCCUCUGCUGCCAGCCACACCUGCCUCUGCACUGUCCCCGCCGACCUCCACCACAUCAGCCAGCAGCACCCACGCCAAGACAGGCAGCAAGGACAGCAGCACGCAGACCGACAAGAUCACUGAGCUCUUCUGGCCCAGCAUGGCUUCCCUCCCCAGCCGCGGCAGGCUCAGCACCGCCCCUUCCAACAGCCCCGUCCUGAAACAUCCAGCUGCCAAAGGAACUGUGGAGAAACAGGAGAACUCUCCUGGUCACGGGAAGUCAUCAGAACACAGAGGCCGAGUCAGCAGCUUGUUGCAGAAGCCUGAGUUCCCGGAUGGAGAGAUGAUGGAAGUGCUCAUCUAACCGUCGUCCUGUGGAGUUUGGUGCCAGCAUGCUGACAGACACAAUAGAGGCUGCAAGAAGAGAAAAGAUCCAGAUGGUCAGUUGCAGUAGCAACUGCAAAACCAGGACAGGUGU